UUAAAAUUGAAAAUAAUACAUAAUAAUGGAUAUUAUAUCCAUAGAAUUACAAAUACCAAAACGGUAUUUGAAAUCAACUACUCGUUCUGAUAAAUUUACAUCAAUUGUUCACAAAUCUUGGAUAAAAUCCUUAUAUAAAUAUGGAAUAUUGUCCGAUUUUAAAGAAUGUGAACAUUUUGAAGAAUGGUAUCAAAAGAAUGAUGAUCUCACCAAAGAUUGGAAGAAAAUAUACAUUUGCGUUUAUCGAAAGAAAAACGCAAAAGUAAUAUCACUUCCACGGCCACAUUCCACAUCGAAUUUAAAUGAAACAGAUCUCACAUUUUUCCAAUUAUUACAUUAUGUUAUGCAAACAAAUCAUAGAAAUUUAUGGAAAGAUGCAUAUAAAAAAUAUAAUAACAACGAUACAAAUAUACGUGAUAGUCAUAUAAAUUUAACUGAUUACAAUACUGUAUUCCGUGAAAUAAUAAUCCGUGCAUAUGGAUGUCCAAUCAUAAAUAUUAUUGAUUCUACACAAAAUAUUCCACAAUCAAAACAUUAUGAAUCACAUCCGAAUUGGUUACAAGUAUUAUGUUGUAUUGAAAGUAACACGUGUUUUUACACGAUACAUUUACCGUAUGUGGAGCAUACGUUACUCGAUUGUUUAACAUAUAGCCCCGCAAUACUUGAAUCAUCGUAUACAAAACCACUAUUUAUUAUAUUUCAAUUAUUACAAGCAUUACGAACAAUGCAUGAUCGUGGUUUAACAAUUGGUGAUAUAUCAUUAAACGAUAUUCAUAUCGAUCAAAAUCUUUGGAUACAAAUAUUACCACAAAUCGAUUCAAAUUUAAUAAUUCGAGAUCAUAUUGAAAAUAAUACAACACCACGAUUAAAUCGAUUACGUGUUAUACCCGAAUGUAACAAAAAUAUACAUAAUUACGAGAAUUCCCGUUGCAUUCAUUGUAGCGCACGUAAUUAUGAUAAAAUUCAAAUAACCAAUAACAUCAAUUUAGAACAAUUAUGUACGUUAUGGGUACAAGGAAAAAUCAGUAAUUUAACAUAUUUAACAGCGUUAAAUAAUUUAGCUGGUCGAAAGUAUGGUGAGCCAAAUUGUCAUCAUAUAUUUCCAUGGAUCACAGAUUUUACAUCUCGUUGUGGUAAUAAUUGGCGUGAUUUAACUAAAUCAAAGUAUCGAUUGAAUAAAGGAGAUCGACAGCUUGAUUUAACAUAUGAGGGAAAUUUAGCGGGGAAUCAAGUACCACAUCAUAUAUCUGAUGUAUUGUCAUCGAUUACAUAUUAUGUAUAUAUGGCACGCCGUACACCGAAAUCAAUUUUAUGUAAAAAUGUUCGUACUGUUUGGGUUCCGGCUGAAUAUCCAAGUUCGAUACAGCGAUUACAAGAAUGGAGUCCUGAUGAAUGUAUACCGGAGUUUUUUACUAAACCUUCGGUAUUUAAGUCUAUUCAUGAAGAUUUACCUGAUUUAGAAAUACCGCCAUGGAGUUCAAGUCCUGAGGAUUUUGUUGAAAAACAUCGAGAAGCACUAGAAAGUACAUAUGUGUCGGAACGCUUACAUCAUUGGAUUGAUCUUACUUUUGGAUAUAAAUUAUCUGGAACAUCAGCUAUAAAAUCAAAAAAUUUAAUACUCCAACUGGUUGAUAAUCAUCAAUCUUUAUCAAAUUCUGGAGUAGUGCAGUUAUUUUUUGUACCUCAUCCUCCACGUCAAACAUAUUCAUCACCAUGGCUAGGCCGUGUACCGCCAAAGAUACAUUUUAUACCAAAUAAGCAAAAAAAACGUGAUUUAAAUAAAUUAAUGGAUGAUGAAGAUUUAUCCACAACAGAAGAAGAUGCUAGUUCACCACAACAAAGUAACAAACCGCUAGUACUAUCACGGUUUCUUUCUAGAUCAAGAACUUCUUUAAAUGAAGAAAUUAAACCUGAAAUAAAUCCACAAACAUCUACAAAAGCAAACACUAUAACACAACAAAAACUAAGUCCAAAAUCACAAAAAUCCCCGUCCUUUUUAUCACAUGUACAUCCAAACGCCAAUCAGCAGAUUCAUGACGCCGAUAAGAAAACAACAUUCCAAUCAUAUAUUUCAUUAAGUUCACAAAAAUCAAAUUUAAUAUUGCCAACACAAAAAUCAAUUUCGGGGGGUACAAUUUACUUACCCAAAGAUUGCAACCUAAUAUCGAAUCUAUUUGCAAUUGAAACAUUUCAUAAUUUUGUGAUAAAAACAUUUUAUUUAAAAUCAAAUAAAACAUGGGAGAAAGAAUCUCAAAAAUUUGAAGUGGAUAAUUAUUCUUUAUUAAAUAAUCUGGAUAAUCAUUAUGAAGAAUUAAAUAAUGCAUUUACAAAUCGUAUUUUCAUGGAAAAUUAUGAAGCCAAACUGGAAAAUAAAAAAUUAGAUAAUUUUUAUGAUACGUUACACUGUAAACAGAAUCAUAAACAAGCCGUUGCGACCAAACGUAUGCGUGAAUUACAAAUUUUAGGAUGUUUAAUUGUUGAAAUAUUUAUGUCGAAACAAUUACGAGCUUUAGGAUUAACAGUCGAACAUGAUUUUACAACUCGCUUAAAAAAUGCACUAACUGUAUUCAAAUCAUGUAAAGAAACUUUACCUCUAUGUAUUAAAUACGCUGUGGAGUUAUUGCUGCAAACAAAUAUACCAGAAAAAGAAUAUUUUGAUAAUUUUCGAUAUCCAACAGUCACUGAAAAAGGUUUACCACCUCCUUCAGCUCAUCAAUUAUUACAACCGCUGUUAAAUACAAGUAUAUUCCAAUUUUCAUUACAUUUUUGGCCGAUAUAUAAAUUUCUACAACGUAACAAAAUAAAUGUAUUACGUCAUGUUAACGAAUGUAAAGUGAAAAUAUGUGCAAAUGAAUUAGAAACAUUUUUACCAAAUAUUUCUGUUGAAAAUGUUGAUUUAAUUCUACCAAAGAUUAUUGAAAUUAUUGAUGAUCCAUCCACGGGUGUUUUAGCUGCAUGGUAUUUAUUUGAUCCGAUUGCGAAAGUUUUGGGAACUACUAAAACAAAUCAAAAAUUAUUACAGCCAAUAUUAAAAUUAUAUGAAGGUGAUGUUGACUUGUUUAUAAUGCAUAAUCAAAAAAUGGUUAAAUUAUAUCAUCAUAGUUUUUUGCUACGGUUAAUUGUACGAUUUGGUUUGAAAAAUUUCUUAGAUUAUUUUAUAACACCUUUAGUUGAAGCUGUUGGUGGUUACAGAGAUUUUGAAAAUGUGGAUGUACCUUUACAUAGUCAUAUUAUCGAUAGACCAGUAUUGAUGCGAAAAACAUCGAAUUUACGUUAUGUAGAAGAAAAUGAACCAAAUGAUAUUCUAUCACCAAUUGACGAUGAUUCUAUUGCAGAUUCAGAAAAAGUUACAUCGUCUAAAAACAUAGUAUUUAAUAAUCAAAAAUUAGAAGUGGAUACCGAACCUGAAAUGUUUUCAUUUGAUAAAGAAGACAAAAUUUCACCCAAUGAAAAUGUUUAUAAUAUUAUCGAACAUUUCUUAGAAUCUGAUAUAGAAACUGGUAUACCUGCAUCUGAAGAUGAGAAUGAUGAAAAAAUAUCACGGACUUGUGCAAUGUCUCCAACUAUUCCAAUACCUUCGAGUAAUAGUCGAUCAGAAUUAUUAACAAUUAACUGCGAAAUUGGUAGCAAAAAAAGUAAUGACAUUCCAGUAUCAUCUCAAACUUCUAAUGAUAGUCCAACAUUAGUUGAAGAUGAUAUCAACACAUUUCAGAAGCGUAAGCAAGAUCAUGUUGAUGCAAAAAUAUCUGAUGUUAGUUCGGAUAGUUUAAUUUGGUUAUCACAUAGAUUAGGCCCAGUUUUAACUGCAAAAUAUCUAUCAAGAAAUUUACUUCGAAUGUUAACAUUAUGCUAUUUGGGUAAAGAAAAUCAAUUACGACAGCCUUUAGCUUCAAACGAUGAUUUCAAUUCUAUGUCGAUUUUAAAUGAACGUGUAACUGGUGAUAAUAAUGCAGGCCGAGUUCUAGAUUGCUUGAUGUCGAUUGCAGCCUUGUAUGGAGAACAAUUAAUCAUACUCCAAUAUUUACCACAUAUUACAGAAUUGAUUCUCUUGUGUAAACGUCGCCUAACUCCUAAUUUAGAGGGUGGAUUAAUUAGUUGUAUAGUCUUACUGAAACAUUUAAUACCAUAUCUAUCUGAUGAAAGUUUAAAUAAUAAUUUACAAGAUAAUAUUUUAAAACAUAUAAUAAUUCCAUCAAUUCGUUUGGUUGGAACAACACGCGCAACUUUUCCAAAUGGUUCUAUAGCGAGAUCUGCUCUAACUUGUAAACUAAUUGAUACAUUAUAUUUUAUUAUGCGUCGAUCUGAAGGGAGUGGAAUAUCUCAAGAUAUAUUUAUGCCAGCAUUACAAAGAUUUUUCCUGAUUUUUGAUAAAACAUUUUCUCAAUUUAAUUUUGAAAAUUAUGCAAAAUCAUCUGAUUCAUCUACAAUUUUGGAAAGUUCAAUUAAAUCUGUAGAAGAUUCAAACUAUUUAGAACUUCGACGUGAUGGAAGUACAGCUGAAUGGGCUGUUAAAGAUGGGCGAGCUAAAAGAGUUGGUCCAGAUGUUGCAUCAUCUGAAAGCUGGUCACCUCCAACUCCGCUAACCAGUACAGAGAUUACUAUUCAGACUGAACAAACUGUACAGAAUAAGGCUUUACUAGAAUUAAAACAAAUUUUCACAUGCGAAUUGGCCUAUAAAACCUAUAUUCCAUUAGCACAAUACUUAGGAAAAUCAACUCUAGAUGUUUGUUUAAGAAAUAGUCCUUUAGUCAAAGAGUUAUGCUUUGAAUAUGAACAAGAAACAAAUUUAAGUUAUUCAUUAAAUGAUAAAUUAGAUAUAAUCCAUAAAUCUAUAAACUGUGAUCAAAUAGCUGGAAGUUUUGAAAGUAAUGUUUCAUUGAUUGGAAAUCGUUUAGAAAUUAUUGAUAACGAUCAAUAUAAAAAUUCUUAUUUUUUAAGUCAUAAAAUGGAGAAUGUUAGUAGACAUUUACGUGGUAAUUGGUUAGCAUAUUGGGAACAUGAAAUUGGUCGAGCUGAUAAAGAUAUUAAAUUUAAUUUUAAACAAAUUAAAUUGCAAACUUUUCAAGGACAUAUUGGAAGUGUUCGCUCUAUAUAUGUUUUAGAUAAUGAAAAUAGUUUUAUGAGUGGAAGUCGUGAUAAGACGAUUAAAUUAUGGUCUUUACGUAGCCAAGGUGAUGGAACAUCAAUUUCGCAACCACAAUGGACAUACAUGGGACAUAAAAAGUCAGUACUAGCAAUAACAUUUUUAGAAUCUCUUCGUUUAGCUGUAACUUGUGAUAGUACUGUACAUAUAUGGGAUCCUUUCAUGGGUGCAACCAUCAGUAUUUUGGAUACUAGAAACUCUCCAGUAAAUCUUUUGAAAUCAAUGCCUGCGCCCAAUUCAACAUUACUGGCAGCAACUACCGAUGGCACCGUAAAAAUAAUAGAUGCGAGAUUAUGCUCUUACGCACAAGAAUAUAAAGUUUCCACAGGACCUGGAAGUAUAAUUCGUUCGUUAGCGAUAUCAUCAAAUGGUAAUACACUUGGAAUAGGACAUUCCACUGGAAAUUUGAGUUUAUUGGAUUUACGAUCUGGGGGUAAAUUAUUAGCUUCUUGGAAAGCACAUGAAGGGGAAUUAUUACAACUUGUUGUACCUGAUUCACAAUCACUUAUUAGUUCUAGUCUCGAUCAAACAGUUUCUGUGUGGAAUAUUAACGACGGGAAAUUUAAGUUUCAUUUAAAGGGUGCUACAGAACCAGUUCAUUGUUUAUGUUGUUACAACAACGAAUUGAUCUCGGGAACGACAGCAAAUCGAAUUGGAGUAUAUAGUGCAAUUGAUGAGAAAGUUUUAUUUUCUAGUAAUAGAUUACGCUCGGAAACAUUUAAAGGUGUAUUAACAUCUAUGUCUAUUCUACCAUUAAAUAAAUUAUUGUUGCUUGGAUCUGAUGGUGGAAAUAUAUGUCUACUAUGUUAA